AUGAAUUUUUUAGAAGUUCAAGAAGUGGAAGUGGAGAAGCAGUCAAUAAGGAGCAAAUCUGAAGGCCUGGAUGCGUUGUGCCACAGUACCAAGUUCAGCAGGAAGGAGCUGCAGAUCAUGUACAGGGGUUUCAAAAAUGAAUGUCCGUCGGGGAUGGUGAACGAAGACACGUUCAAAUUCAUCUACUCACAGUUCUUCCCUCAAGGAGACUGCUCUGCGUACGCUCAUUUCGUAUUCAACACAUUCGACCAGGACCACAGUGGAACCAUAAGUUUUGAGGAGUUCGUGAUGGGGCUCUCCCUCUUGUUGCGUGGGACCAUGCUGGAGAAGCUGCAGUGGGUCUUCAGCCUGUACGACGUCAACAGGGACGGCGUGAUCACUAGCGAGGAAAUGCAGAUGGUCGUCUCAUCCGUCUAUGAUAUCAUGGGCAAGUUUUGCAGCUCAAAAAUUGACGACACUGUCAUAAAAAAUCACGUCGAUGCUUUAUUUGAAAAGCUGGACGUUGAUCGAGAUGGCGUCAUAUCGUUCGACGAGUUCAUCGACACAUGCCGCAAGGUCAGCCAACAAACUUUGAUAUAA